UGGGGGCUCUGGGUGGGGAGGGGUCCCUGUGCUGACCUCGCAGCUCAUCCCUGCCACCCUCCCUGCUGACCUGGUGGAUGCUGGGUCAGCACUGGGCACUUGGGGGGUACAAGAGGUGGUAUCUGCCUACACGUCUGUGUGGUGGCACGGGACAUCACUGCCUGCAUGCACUGGUAGGACUGGAGACCCCCAUGGCUGUCUGGCACAGGGGGUGGGACGGGGCCUGACACAAGUCCCCUUCCGGAGGAUGUGAUGUGGCUGGUGCUUGCUGCAAAUGCUGAGGGACAGAGAAACAAGGGGGGAAGGUCAGGCUUGUGGUGGGGACACAGAUGUGGCCUCAGGGUCCCUUGACAUGCUUGCCGAGCCGCUCCAGUCCUGGCAGAGACCCUUGGCCUGCUGGGUCGUUGCCUGUGGGCUGCACUAGGGCCACGUCCUUGGUGCCUUCCUGAACUGGCAGCAGGGACGCUGCAGGCAAGGGACCCCCAGCAGCCAGGGAGAGCUGUGAGAUCCCGCUGCCCGGCACCGGGUGCUGGCAGGGCUGGACCCUCCUCGCUGCUGUCCCCCUCGGGCGGGCGCUGGCCUGAGGGGGACAGGAAGCCUCGUAGGAAGUGACUUCAGCCCCGGUUCCUCGGCCCGGCUUCCUCCCCAUUCUUGUCCUCUCCCGCUGUUGCUCUUGGCAGGAGGAGCGUGCCCGUUCUCCGGCCCCAUUCCUGGCAUGUGGCCAAACUUGCCGAAAGCCGCCCCGACGCCCCUGCCAUGCACUGCCCUGCUGACGCCUUCAGCCUCUCCUGGCCCUCAGGGUGUGAUGUCAGGGCAUGUACCACAGCAAGCGGGACUCAGCCUACAGCUCCUUCUCCGCCAGCUCCAUCGCCUCUGACUGCGCUCUGUCCCUCCGCCCCGAGGAGGCCGCCUCUGCCGACUCCAGCCUCCAAGGCCUCUGCAAGCCCCCCGACGGGCGCUACCUGACCACGGGGGCCGAGCCACCUGCCAGCCAACACCCAGAGGCCUGGCGGGCGCCUGUGCCCCCCCAGCCCCCUGUCAGGAGGGAUAGCCUGCGGGCAGCCCCAGCCAGCGGAGGGGACAGGCACCGGGCAUCGGUGUCGGUGGACAUGCUGCACGCCAAGGGCCGGUGGAUCUCCGACACCUUCCUCUGCCAGCAGGACAGGGAGGCAGAGGUGGCGGGCAGGAGGACGCCGGUGCUGUACUCCAUGAAGGACCGUCUCUCUGCCGACCAGUAUUACAUGCUGAGCUCCCACCCGGACCGGUGCUCGGCCGAGCCGCUCCUGGGGGAGAGCACAGAGCCUGGCAACCGGCUGUACCCGGAUGGUAGCGUGCAUCGAGUGCCGGAUGCCAUGGCGGCAGGUGACAACCCUUUGCUCUCCCCGCUCAGGGGCCACACAGUACACCGGCACAGUGCUCCUGAGCAGCUGCUGGCCUCCCAGCUCCGCUCCCUCAAGGUGGGCACUGGCAGCGGCCGAGCCUCACCGGCCCCCAACGGGCACCACUGGACCCUCUCUCCGCUUCACCAUGAGGGCAGCCGGCCAGGGGCUGCAGGGGCUGCCCAGGACCCCCCGCUCUGCCCAGAGCCGUGCUGCCGCCUGCCACCCUACCACUGCUGCCCCGAGCUGCAGCAAGCCUGCGGGCAGGACGGGCCGGGGGCCAACCCAGCACAUGGUACCGAGGGGCCAGCAGAGGAGGAGAGCCGGGCAGGGGGCCGGCGGACUGCAGGUCCUCCCCACCGCUCUGCUCAGAUGCGCCGCCGCAGUGACCGCUUCGCCACCAGCCUGCGCAACGAGAUCCAGCGACGCAAGGCCCAGCUGCAGAAGAGCCGGGGUCCCGGCGCCCCGCCGCCUGGCGAGGAGCCAGUGGAGGAGGAGCCCCCCGAGGGCAGUGUGCCCGCGGAGGGACCCCGCACCCCAGCCAAGUGCCUCAGCCCUGCGCUGAGCGAUGACAGCAGGAACCCUGGCUGCUCGGGGGACCGGGGCAUGCCCACCCCUGACCCGCUGCCAGUCCCCAAAGGGGUCCCGUCCCCCGACCGGGCGGUGCCGAUGGUCCAGGGCCGCUGGCGCUGGUCCCCAGAGCGCAAGCUGCAGCCGCAGCGCUCGCCCAGCCCAGGCGAGCUGGAGGGCUACGCGCAGGGGCCGGCGGCCCCCAGCUCCCCAGCACGGGGCAGCGAUGAGGCCGUCCUGCUGCCCUUUGCUGACCGCCGUCGGUUCUUCGAGGAGAGCAGCCGGCCGACACCCCCCCGGCACAGCAAGCCCCCGGCAGGGGAUCCCAGUGCCUUCCAGCCCCCCGGCCCCGAGCGCCGGGACACCCGCCGUCUCUCUGUGGACCAGCCCUAUGUCCCCCCCUCACCUGGCUGUCCCAGCUCUGCUGGCCACUACACUGAGUGCUGCCGGGAGCAGCCCCCCUGCUACAAGCCGCUGGGGAGGCCAGGGGAGCUGGAGUACCUGCGGGGUUUCUCCUACCCCUAUGGGGUUCCCCUGCGCCCUGAGCCCUGCCGCUACUGCGGGGGGGACCUGUGCCCUCCACUGCUGCCCCACAGCCGUGCCUGCCGCUGCCACCCUCAGCCCUGGGCACGCUGCCCUGACUGCUGCUGCCCAGCCCCUCGUCCUGGGCGGGAGGAGAGCGACGCCUGGCCCCCCCGGAGACCUUUCGCCCCGGAAUUUCCCCUGGAUGACUGGGAACCACCAGCGAUAACCAGGAAAGCCAGCCAGUCCAUCAGCGAGCUUUCCCGGUAUCAACCGGGCUUCCCAAGGCUCGGCCCAUUCCGCCCCUGCUUUGAGAGCACCGAGCCAGAGUGGCCACCCUGCUACCGGGCCACGUCCACGCAUGACCUCUCAUGGGAUGGCGACCGCCUGCCCCGCUCCCCCGAGAGCCCCCCGGACCUCCUGCACCGCCCGCUGCGGGGCAGAGCCUUCUCUGAGAGCCACCUCAACCUGGAGCCCGCCAGCCCCCGGGGCCGUGACCGCAGGGAUGUUCUCCGUGCCAAGCUGGACCCCGCUGAUGUCCCCAAAAAGAAGGGUCCCCCACCUCCUCGCCCACCUCCCCCCAACUGGGAGAAGUACAGGCAACGGCGGAUGUCCCAGCGCCUGCCGGAUGGUUCCGGGCACAGCUCUGCCUUCACCACUGCCCCGGUGCCAACGCGCAGCAUCGCCGAGGCCACGCGCGAACGGUCACAGAGCCUCACCGGGGAGCAGGGGGGCUGGACCCGGGGACAUGCCGCUCGCCCCCCUGCCCUGCCAGGUGUCUGGCCCCGACCUGAGCCUCCUGGAUCACUCCGCAGGACACCCGAGCCCGAUGCUGGCAGCACUGAGGUUUGCAGCAGGGUGACAGGGGCCGGGGAGGAGCGACCGAAGGUGAAGCACCCCUGGGAAAUGGAAGAUCAGCCCCAAAGGCUCGUCCAGAACCAGGAGCAAGGCUGGGCUGGGCCCCGCAGCGGGGGUGAGUGCUCCAUGCUCCUGCAUGGUAGCCCUGGCCCCGCCACCUCAGAGCUGCCCAAGCCCAGCCCUGGAGCAUCGGAGGGGCCGAGCUGCCAGGGGGGCCGGCCCCAGCCCCGCCGCAUGGACUCGCAGGAGCUGCUGUGGGACGUGGCAGGCAGGGACAGCUCCCUGGCCGGCAUCCUGGCCCCCCCGGCUCCCCGCAGCACCGCCACCGAGGUGGUGGGCGAGCUGCUGGUGGCAGGGGAGCGGCAGCCCUGGCGGGAGCGUUUGCAGAAGGACUGGCACCUGGAGGCUCUGGCGCAGGACAGGCAGGGCUUCGAGCCCAUCUCGCCACCCCCUGGGAGCGCUGCCAGCUCCACCUCCUACCCGACGUAUUACGGCACAGCAACGGGCAAAGCUGAGCCCCUCAGCAAGGUGAAGGAGCUGCCUGAGGUGGUGGAGCGGAGCUCAGAGGAUGAGGAAGAGGAGGUGGACCACGAGCUAGUGGAGAAGAAGCUGCAGCUGAUCGAGAGCCUGAGCCGCAAGCUGGCGGUGCUGCGGGAGGCGCAGCGGGGGCUGCAGGAGGACAUCAGCGCCAACGGGGCGCUGGGCGAGGAUGUGGCCACCCGCCUGCAAGCCCUCUGCACCCCGGGGGAGUUCGACAAGUACCGCCUCUUUGUGGGCGACCUGGACAAGGUGGUCAACCUCCUGCUUUCGCUCUCGGGGCGCCUGGCCCGGGUGGAGACCGCGCUGGGCAGCCUGGGGCCGCACGCCCCCGCCGAGGACAAGGUGGCCCUGCGGGAGAAGCAGCAGCUGCUGGUGGCGCAGCUGGAGGACGCCAAGGAGCUGAAGGAGCACGUGGGGCGGCGGGAGGAGGCGGUGGGCGCCAUGGUGGCGCGGUACCUGCCCGCCGAGCACCUCCAGGACUACCAGCACUUCAUCAAGAUGAAGUCGGCCCUCAUCACUGAGCAGCGGGAGCUGGAGGAGAAGAUCAAGCUGGGCCAGGAGCAGCUCCGGUGCCUGCGUGAGAGCCUUGGCCAGACCCCCAAGGGCUGCUAGCCCCCCACCCAGUCUCCCCAGGGACCCUGGCCGUGGCCCCAGCUUGCUUCCAAAGUGGAUCUGGCCCAUCAGGGGCUCUCCCUGUGUCUGUCCGUCUGUCCAGCCCCUGCCUUUUAUUUAUUUUUCCAGUGUACCAAGCAGGGGAGGGGGUGUCAGUGCAGGCCCUAGUGGGGGGUUUGUACUGUGGAGGUGCCAUGGGCUCAGUGGCUACUCAGCACCUUGCAGCCCAGCAGGACCAGAUGGACGCAUCCUGCCACCCCCUGAGGUCUUUGUGUGCCUACAGGGGUCCCUCCACCUUGUCCUGGACACCACUGCCUGUCCCACAGCAUCCCCCUGGCUGCCUCGGGGCGUCCCCACGCAGCGCCUGGAAGGGUUAAACCAUCCUCGCCCUCUGUCCUGUCUAUUUGUCCGGCUCUGUCCAUCUGUCCGGUGGGAGCUGGAGGAAUUUCGGCUCCGGCAUCCUCUUCCUCUCCAUUGUGUCCAAAACAAUGGCCCUGGCCAGCAGGUCCUUAACCCGCUCCCCGCCAGAUGGAGGCACCAUGGGGGGCCGAGGUGGGUGCUGGUGGGUGCUGUGCACCCGUCUCCCAGGGGACACAGCGAUGGGUGCUCCUGGGAUGGUGCCCUGCCAGGGAAAGGGGUGCUGGGAGCAGUAGACCAGGGGCUGCAGGUACCCCCUGCCACGAGCUCUGUGGGCACAGGAACCACCCGGUGUCAUCCAGCCUGUGCCUCCAGCCUCCGCCCUGGCACCAGGAGAAAUUAAUAGAGGGAAAACCAUGCUAAGGACAAACGGGUUACCUGUCCCCCUCCUCUGUGCUGCAGCAGCCUCAGAUAGCACUUAGACCUCACCCUGUGUCAUCCCCUCACCCCACCGCUGUCUGUCCUCAUGGGACAGGAAAGUGCCUUGAUGCUGAUUUUGCACAGGGGUUUCAUGCAACCAGCAGCAGCUUGGGGCGGGGGAGGAAGCCUUUUGGGGAGGCAGGGCGGGCUGGGCCCUUUUAGGGGUGGCCCCGGCCAGGCAGCGCAGCCCCAGGGUGCAGGCAGCACCCACGCCUGCCCGCUUGGCACCGCACAGCCCUCCUGCGGGGCUGCUCCCCGCGUGGGCCUCCCCAGCCCAUUGAACACUACACCCCACACCUACCUACCCCUACCCUGGGACAGCGCCCGGCAGCAGUGGGGUUCCCCGCAUCCCUCCCAUCUCAGCCACCCCUCUGCCUGCCUGAGGACACUACGAGGACCAAAGACUGCACCCACUGGGUGCUGGGGGAUGUGCUGCUGUGGGGAGGGCUGGCAGCCCUCAGCUCAUCACCACACCAGCAGUGUGUGCCGGUGCCCGUGCCUCGCCGCGUGCCGUUGUGCCUCUCUCACACUAAAGGAGCAGCAGCAGCUGCACAUCUGUC